ACCUGUCACUGACCUGGAAUACACAGUUUACCGAUAUUUAACAAUGAGGCGAAUAACUACGUUAUCAUAAUAUAAAACUGAGUUUUCCUCAACAAGAUGGAAGCUGGUCAGAUGGCAGACUCGGACUGGCAGUGUGAUAGGCCACUAUUAGACUGCCUGGAUUAUCUGUUCACCUCCGGCACUGCCAGCGACGUUGCCUUCGUGGUCAAUGGCGGAAAGGGGCAAAUCCUAGCCCACAAAACCAUACUGGUCUCACGGAGCUCUGUGUUUUGUGCAAUGCUGGAUGACCCUACCAUAAGUAAAUGGGAGAUAACUCUGCUUGAUACCCAGCAACACAUUUUCUCAAUAUUCCUAAGAUACCUGUACACAGAUCUGAUAGAAUUGACGGUAGAUGUGGCAACCUCGGUGUUACCAAUGGCGCGACAGUAUUGUGUGAAUCACCUCAUCAAGAAGUGUGAGACAUUCCUGAAGGAGAACUUCGCCUCUCAGAACACUGCCAUGUUCCUACAGAACUCCAGACUGCCUGAUGUCGAUGCACAAGAUGAUGACAUGGAUGAUGAGGAUGAGGUGCUGGAGUCUGAAGAUGACAUGGAACCCGAGGAGUUUCAACCAUCAGACCAGAAGAUAGAUGAAGCCUUGAAGGAAAAGUCUGGGAUGACAGAUGUUGAUCCUGACAAACUUACUGCUGAUGCAGAUGAAGAUGAUGACACACAUGUGAAUGUUGCUGAUGUAGGUGGUGACAAACAUUUGGUUGAUGCUGAUGAACAUCCAGAUGAUGAAGAUAGUGACAAACAUUUGACUGAUGAAGAAGAUGACAAGCAUUUGUUUGAUGCUGAUUUACAUCAUGACACUCAAGUGAAGAAUGUUUCCUUAUCAAUAGAAAAAUCAAGUACCCCUGUGAAUGAAGCACCUAUCCUGGAUGACGGGUCGGCCAUGGAUCUCACAGUGGAACCAUCCACCUCCAAGGUCCUACCAGAACAACUUUACGUAGCGAAAGAAUAUUCGGCCCCAGCCCAUUCUGGAGCAGAUGAGGAAAUGGUGGAGGUCCGAGGUAGAAGAGCCGAGACUUCGCGUCCAGAGGAACCGUCGUACACAAUAACCAGUAUGGUCCGAGGACUAGUGCCCAAGUGCCUGGAAAUUCACCCGGAAUGGCAGCCUCAUAGCUGUCGCAUAUGUGGGAGGACAUUUUUCGAUUUAACAGCUCUGAGUGAUCAUGAAAACACACACAAAGUAAAAUCUGAACACCAUUCUGUAACUGUAGGGACCUCUGUUGCUCAUACCGGAGAUUAUAAGCCGAUCUUGACUCCCGUAUCGGGACAAAUGUUCCCUGAAGCGAUUCCUCCGUCAGAUUUCAGUGCCUCUGUCAGGAGCACAAACCAAGUGUCAAUGUUUGUCGAUACAAUAUCUAAGGCAUCAAAUCUUCAGUCAAUAUCUACUGAUAAAGUAGUAUGUAAGCAGGAGACCUUAUCUAGUUCUGAGGAUGAGAAUCAGGUACCGAGUUUGUGGCCCAUUUCUACCGAACCAAAUUCCUCCUCAUCUGCUACUAGAUCACCCCAACAGAACCAGUACUUGAGGAUCAGCAUGGCUGAGAUGCCUUUCACCUGUCAGAUCUGUGGACGAGGAUUCCAACUGGAGACACAGCUGGAAAAACAUAGCAAAACACAUCCUUGGGACAAGACAUUGAAAUGUUAUGUUUGCAGCGUCACGUUUACUAACAAGGGUGAUCUCGAUCGUCAUCUUCAGCUUCAUGCCAAGGACCUACAUACCAAGGACAUUAACCAGCAGGCAUCCAAUAUCAGCUGUAAGCAUUGCUGGAAACAUUUCAGAUUUGAAAAUACUUACAAGGAGCAUGUGAUGAAAGAACACCAGGGGGUGAACCCGUUUCAGUGUGAGCUGUGUGAGAGAGAAUUUAAGUCACGCUUGGGGUUAAAGCUACACAUGAUGGGACACACUGGCGAACGGCCGCACGUGUGUUACAUCUGUGGUAAGGGAUUCCGUCAGAAGGUGUCUCUGCUAGCACACAGCAAGAAACACACAGGAGAUGUUCAUUCGUGUAACGUUUGUGGUGAUAAAUUUCGCUCGGCUUCGUUGCUACGUAACCACCGUGCCACACAUACACAGGAUCAAAUGUUUCCGUGUGGAAGAUGUGGGAAGGAGUUCAGAGACGAAAGGUCUUACGUAAAACACCUGGAUACACAUGGAGUUAGCAUGACCUUAGCUUGCGAGCAUUGUGAAUUAGAAUUCGAGGAUGAGGAGUUGUACGAAGUCCAUUGUAUCAAUGAGCAUAAAGACCUGCAGUUUGACGAGCCAGGAAAUCUGAGUUGUGGACAAUGCUCGAAAACCUUCAAAUCAGAAAAGGCUUUUAACAAUCACCAGAGGAUGCAUAUCAAACUGAACGAGAAUCGACAAAAAUGUGAGACAUGUAGUUUAGUCUUUUCGUCGCUGGAGUUACUACAACAACACAGCCGUGUACAUGACAAAGAUAAAAUGUUCCAGUGUGAAAUAUGCGGUAAACAGUACAAGUCCAAGUGUGCGCUUGUCCGCCACGUCAUGUUUCACACCGGUGAUUGGAAACACAGAUGUGAUGUAUGCGGACGAGGAUUAAGUACCAGUGCAGAGUUAAAAAAACACAUGUUGGCACAUUCAUCGGAGAAGGCACAUAUGUGUGACUUGUGUGGAAACCAGUACAAGAAUCAAGUCACUUUAGAUCGGCAUCUGAUGGUUCACCGUGGCGACCGGCCGCAUGUGUGUGAGGUUUGUGGGAAGGGUUACACUGACAGGUACCAACUCAAGUUGCACUUGAGGGCACACGCUAGAGAAAAGCCGCACAAGUGUGACGUGUGCAGAAAAGGCUUUGACGAGGCCGACGCACUACUCACUCACAGUCUGGAACACAUGGGCAAGAAACUAUUCAAAUGUGACAUCUGUUCAAAGUUUUACAGCAGAGACUCGGCUCUGAAGGUCCACCUCAGGAUUCACUCGGGAGAGAAACCAUAUAAAUGUGAAAUGUGCGGGAAAAAAUUCACCAAUUUAGGUGACAAGCAGCGUCACAUUAAGAUACACACGGGAGAGAAACCAUUUGUUUGUGAUGUUUGUGGGAAGGGAUUCUCUGACAAAAAAUACCUGAGAAAGCACACUCUUAGUAGCGCUCAUAAACAGGAUCUUAUUUACAAAGCAGAAGAGACAACCGUAGUUACAACCUUGGAUACAUCUCUUACCACAAUCAAAGUGGAGCCAGCACCGGAACAAAGCAAACCCCAUGGAUACUCCCCCACAAAGGGUGUCCAAAGGAUGGACCAUGGACACUCUCCGACUGAGGGUAUCCAAAGGACGGACCAUGGACACUCUCCGACAGAGGGUAUCCAAAGGACGGACCAUGGACCCUCCCCGACAGAGGGUAUCCAAAGGACGGACCAUGGACACUCUCCGACAGAGGGUUUCCAAAUGAUAGAUGGUGGAUUCUCUCCAAAAGAGGGUGUCAGAAGGACGGACGGUGGAUACUCCCCAACGGAGGAUGUCCAAAGGACGGACCAGGGACAAUCUCUAACGGAGGAUGUGCAAAAGACUGACCAUGGACACUCCCCAACGGAGGAUGUUGGAAUGCAGGAUCAGGGAUAUUCUGCGACAGUGUGUGUCAAAAUGACAGACUAUGGAGACUCCCCUACUGAGGGGGUUGAAAUGCAGGAUCAGGGAUAUGACCUGACGGGGGCUGUCCAAGGACGUGGGCAGAGACUCGUUAUCGCAAGGUCGUCAAACAAAUUCCAUGAGCAGGAUAUUCGUAAAAAGGAAUUUUUUGACCACAAAUCUUUGGAUGAAUCUGUUAAAACUGGAAACAGACUUUCCAUGUCUAAUGAUGAUAAUCAGUCUAGGACAACCCACUCCCCGUCUUCUUCCGGAGUCUUUGUAACUGAAUCCAAGAUGGUGUCUCUAUCUGAUGGCACUGUUGGGUCUGCAUUAGAUGCUGAUAGCAUACAAGAGGGGGAUAAUUCUGAUGAUUCCCCCACAACUCAACAAAAUAAAAAUCUGAGAAUCAAAUUGAUUGACUCGUUUAACUGCAACCAAUGUGGCCGGGGCUUCAAGGACGAAUCCACCUUGAAAAAACACACCAAACUUCACAUUUCAAAGAAAACAUUUAUCCAGAAAUCUGAUAGCUGUGGGAAAAAGGUGAGUCAGAAAAGUCAUCCAGAACACAAUGUUAGAACACGGGCAACAGCAAGGAAAAGAACAAAGGCUUUUGAACAGUUUAGCUGCAGACAUUGUGGGAAGAACUUCAGGUUUAUGAAUACUUACAAGGAACAUAUGACUAAAAAACACAAAGAUAUCAAUCCAUUUAAAUGUGAGUUGUGCGAGAAGGAAUAUAAAUCUCGCCAUGCGUUGAAUAUUCACAUGAUGAUACAUACAGGUGAACGGCCCCAUGUGUGUAACGUCUGUGGUAAGGGAUUUCGUCUGAAAGCCUCGCUACUGGACCAUGAAACAAUACGUCAUGGACAAUCACCUCACAUCUGUUCUGUGUGUGGGGAAGACUUCAACACCAGGACGUCCCUAAAUCGGCACCGUACGUCUCACCAGGUGACUGAUGCUAGAUUCCGAUGUGACAACUGCCGGAAAGAAUUCCGAUAUGAGAAAACGUAUAAGAACCACCUGGCCAAUCUCCAAUGUGUUUCUGCAGAGGAACCUUCCCCGUACACCUGUGACGUUUGUGGGAAGGUCAAACUAACGCUACAGCUACUCAAAAAACACAAAUAUCUACAUUCAGAGGAACUAUGUGAUUUUUGUGGUCGACAGUUCAGGUCUCAAGAAGGACUGAGACGCCACAUGUUGUUCCACACCGGUCGUUGGCCGUUCAAGUGUGAAGAAUGUGGACUCGGACUUGCAACUAAGAAGGUACUGAAGGUUCAUCUGUUGAAACAUUCGAAUGAGAAAAGCCACAUGUGUGAUGUUUGUGGAUCGGCUUACAAAACAAAGUACUCACUGGAACGGCACAUGUUGACUCACCAGGAUCUGAAACCUCACGUGUGUGAUAUAUGCGGGAAAGGUUUCAUAGGGAAAACUCAACUUACACAACAUUUGAAAGCUCAUGCCAAGGAGAAGCCGUUCAACUGUAACAUAUGCAGGAAAGGUUUUGACGAUUCAGUCGCACUUCUUACACACACCAUAGAACAUGUGGGACAAAAACUUCACAAAUGUGACAUCUGUUCAAAAUUUUACAGCAGAGACUCGGCUCUGAAGGUCCAUCUCAGGAUUCACACUGGAGAGAAACCAUAUAAAUGUGAAAUGUGUGGGAAAAGUUUCACCAAUUUGUGCGACAAACAACGCCAUGUUAAGAUACAUACUGGGGAGAAGCCAUUUGUCUGUGAUGUCUGUGGCAAAGGGUUCUCGGACAAAAAGUACUUGAACCGACACCUCCGAUCUGGAGCACACAAUAAAGAUAGUGUUAAGUUUAGAAACGUUGAGUAUACUAAUAGUGGUGCAAGUACGUCUUCUGGUGAAGCUUGUUCUGGCUCAGAUCCAGUGGAGAAAAUGAUGGAUGGAGAACGCUCGGUGUGUAUGUCUGUAAAUCCCAGUAUCAUCAAAAUAUCUGCUACUUCUGGAUCAGUAGCAAAGUUCACGACCUUGUUCAGAGCAGACGAUCAGCACAGUUUUCAUGCAAGAGGUCACACGGAUUCAGGGGAUCCCGAAUUUCAUAUAGGCAGCGGUCGAAACCUCAUGAAACAUUCAAGAAAAAAGUUGUUUGCAUGUAUCAUUUGUGGUAAAGGAUAUAGGCGCGAGGACAAUUUAACAAGUCAUCUUCGCGUUCAUUCGGGCGAGAAACCGUACAAGUGUGACGAAUGUGACGAGACCUUCAGCCUUAAGUCCACACUGGUUACUCACCGCAAGAAACAUAUUGGCGAGAAAUUACAUAAAUGUGACACAUGUGGUCUUGAAUUCGACUUAACGGUCGAGCUGAAGAGGCAUCAAAAGAUGCAUAGGGGAGAUAAGCCACAUAUCUGUGACUUCUGUGGUAAAGGUUUUCGUGUGACCGGUAACUUACGGUCGCACCUAAGGACGCACACGGGAGAGAAACCGCAUAAGUGCGAUAUCUGCGGUAAAGGGUUCAAUGAAACUGGCAACCUUCGGCAGCAUAUGAUGACCCAUAAAAAUUCCGGCGAGAAGUCGUGUAUUUGUGAUGUAUGUGGUAAAGGAUUUGAUCAGCCAUCUUAUCUCGGAAAACAUCUUAGAAUUCACACCGGGAUAAAACAGUUCAAGUGUGAAGUAUGCGGGAAAUCCUUCAACAAGAAGUUUAACCUUCAGACCCACAACAAGACGCACACUGGAGAGAAACCGCACAAGUGUAACGUAUGUGGAAAGGGAUUCGGUCUUUCAGCCAGUCUUAGGCGGCACCUUCUAAUGCAUACGGGAGAAAAACCGCACAUGUGUUUUAUUUGUGGGAAAAGUUAUCAGCAGAAAGAGAGUCUUCAGCAACAUCACAAGAAAAUGCACAAUACAUAGAAACUGCAAAGUCACCCUUUGUCAGGGACUAAAUGUCACCGGACCUCUAUGGCACAUCCAUCUUGACAAACAUG